AUGCCUCGUCGUCCCACGAAGCGACAGCGCUACAUGCCCAAGAAAGGCCGUCCGACCCUAACAGAGACCCAGGGCCUCGUGGGUGCACAGGACCCUGGGGCGACAGAGGAGGUUGCUUCCUCCUCCUCCUCCACAUCCUCUGCCUCCUCCACGUCCUCGUCCUCCCCCUCCUCGUCCUCCCCCUCCUCUUUCUCUUGCUUUGCUUAUAUAUCAAGCGGUGAGGAAGAGGUUUCUAUGGUUUCACCCACCCCAGGUCCCCUCCAGGGCCCUGAGCGUGCCUGCCCCUCCCCCACUGCCUCUGCCUCCGUGCCAUCCACACAAUCCGAUGGUGGCUCCGGCAGCACAGUGGAGGCGGGUCUGGGCACUUCACAGGUCCCUCCAGAAGGCAGAUCCGUUACCAGUAUCGUGAUUAACGACAAGACAGCUCAGCUGGUGGCCUUCCUGCUCCUCAAGUACCUUGCCGUGGAGCCGACCACGAGGGUGAAGAUGCUGGAGGUGCUGGGCCAGGAUCACGAGGACCAGUUUCCUGUGAUCUUCAGCUGCGUCUCUGAGUGCUUGCAGCUGGCCUUUGGCAUCGACGUGAAGGAAGGGGAUCCCAGCGACCACUCCUACAUCCUGGUCACAGCCCCGGGCCUCACCUACCGCGGGCAGCUGAGCUAUGAGCAGAGCCUGCCCAAAAGCGGCCUCCUGCUGUCUCUCCUGACCUUAAUCUUCAUGGAGGGUGGCUCAGUCCCUGAGGGAAAGGUGUGGCAAAUGCUGAUUGUCAUGGGGAUAUUUCCCGGGAGGGAGCACUUCAUCUUCGGGGACCCCAGGAAGCUCAUCAUUGGGGUCUGGGUGAAGGAGCAGUACCUGGAGUACCAGCAGGUGCCCGACAGCAAUCCAGCUCGCUUCCACCUGCGCUGGGGCCACAGGGCACACAUGGAGACCGACGCGGUGGAAGUCCUGGAGUUUAUGGCCAAGGUGAAAGAUAGCACCACUAAUCCCUGUCUUCCCUGGUAUGAGGAGGCUGUGAGAGAUCAGGAAGGGCCAGGCCAGGCUAGCAUUGCCGCCGCAGAUGAUCCUGCCGCCGUGGCCGGUGCAAGUUCUAGUGGAACGUCCCCUGGCUUCUGCCCUGAGUGA